GUAACGUCAAACCGGGUAGCGGAGUGGUGGCGCCGUAGUGGUGGCGCUUCACCGACAACAUGUCGCAUCUACCCAUGAAACUCCUGCGCAAGAAGAUCGAGAAACGGAACCUAAAAUUGCGCCAGCGAAAUUUAAAGCUCCAGGGGGCUUGGGAUGUGAGCCUCUCAGAAACACAGAAUGGAGCCUACGAGAAACUGCCCGAAGAAACCGUGAGAAGUGGGAAGGUUAAAAAAUCUAAACAGUCUGUGAAUGUGGACUCGUCAGAAUCCCAGAACGGAGAGAUGGCUAAAGAAACCGUGGAAAAUGUGCAAGUGAAAAAAAAGAAAAAGAAACCUACCAUAAUAAUCAACGGAGAAGCAGCAACACCACCCCCCAAUUCAGAAUCCAAAAAAAAGAAGAAGAAAAAGAGGAAAAUGGUGGGUGACGUUGGGCCUGACCCCAAAAAAGCAAAAAGCGAAGACAACGGGGAGUCUGAAGAAGGCGCGCGAGCGCCAGGAGAGCCAGAAACCCGUGCGGAGGAGCCUGAUGAUCAGGAGGAAGGCGGCGAGGUGCCCAGCCUGCCCCUGGGACUGACAGGAGCUUUUGAGGACACUUCAUUUGCUUCUCUUACUGAUCUUGUCAAUGAGAACACUCUAAGGGCAAUAAAAGAAAUGGGUUUUACAAACAUGACUGAAAUUCAGCAUAAAAGUAUCAGACCACUUCUGGAAGGCAGGGAUCUUCUGGCAGCUGCGAAAACAGGCAGUGGUAAAACUCUGGCAUUUCUCAUUCCUGCGGUUGAACUCAUUGUUAAGUUAAAGUUCAUGCCUAGGAACGGAACAGGAGUCCUUAUUCUCUCACCUACCAGGGAGCUGGCCAUGCAGACCUUCGGUGUCCUUAAGGAGCUAAUGACGCACCACGUUCACACGUACGGGUUAAUCAUGGGUGGCAGCAACCGAUCCGCUGAAGCACAGAAACUUGGAAACGGGAUCAACAUCAUUGUGGCCACACCAGGCCGUCUCCUGGACCACAUGCAGAAUACCCCCGGGUUUAUGUAUAAAAAUCUCCAGUGUCUGGUGAUUGAUGAGGCUGAUCGUAUCUUGGAUGUUGGGUUUGAAGAGGAAUUAAAACAAAUUAUUAAACUUCUGCCAACGCGCAGGCAGACCAUGCUCUUUUCCGCCACACAAACUCGGAAAGUUGAAGACUUGGCGAGGAUUUCUCUGAAAAAGGAGCCGUUGUAUGUUGGUGUGGACGAUGAUAAAGCUAAUGCGACAGUGGAUGGUCUUGAGCAGGGGUAUGUUAUCUGUCCCUCCGAAAAGAGAUUCCUCCUCCUCUUUACAUUCCUUAAGAAGAACCGGAAGAAGAAACUGAUGGUCUUCUUCUCAUCCUGUAUGUCCGUGAAGUACCACUAUGAGUUGCUGAACUACAUCGAUUUGCCUGUCUUGGCCAUUCAUGGAAGGCAGAAGCAAAAUAAGCGUACGACCACAUUCUUCCAGUUCUGCAAUGCGGAUUCGGGGAUACUGCUGUGUACGGAUGUGGCGGCCAGAGGGCUGGAUAUUCCCGAGGUCGACUGGAUUGUGCAGUAUGACCCCCCAGACGACCCCAAGGAGUACAUUCAUCGUGUGGGAAGAACAGCCAGAGGCCUGAACGGAAGAGGGCACGCCUUGCUCAUUUUGCGCCCUGAGGAACUGGGUUUCCUUCGUUACUUGAGGCAAUCCAAGGUCCCAUUAAGUGAAUUUGAGUUUUCCUGGUCCAAAAUUUCUGACAUCCAGUCUCAGCUUGAAAAAUUGAUUGAAAAGAACUACUUCCUUCAUAAGUCAGCCCAGGAAGCAUAUAAGUCCUACAUUCGAGCAUAUGAUUCUCAUUCUCUGAAACAGAUCUUUAACGUUAAUAACUUAAAUUUGCCUCAAGUUGCUCUGUCAUUUGGCUUCAAGGUGCCUCCUUUUGUUGAUCUGAACGUGAACAGCAAUGACGGCAAGCUUAAAAAGAGAGGAGGUGGCGGCGGAUUCGGCUUCCAGAAAGCCAGGAAAGUCGAGAAGUCCAGAAUCUUCAAACACAUUAGCAAGAAGUCAUCCGACGGCCGGCAGUUCUCCCACUGAAGACCCGCCUUCCGUUCCUACUGACUAGCUUUGUCCUGAAAUGGACUUUCCCCUUUUCUCCAACAGAGGAAUUUUUGUGGCUUCAGGAUUGGGACUGAUUGAACAGGAAUAUAGACUGAUUUGGGUUGUAAGCACUGAACACUGAUCACUUCCAGGAAAUACCUCUCUUUACCUGGGGAUAUAAAAAACAGUUAAUUUUUUUUAGGUUGCUCAAGGGCAAAACAAAGGAUCUUGUGGAUAGAACAUUUUAAUUCUUUUUCCUCCAAAUCUGUCAUUGUUUUAAUGUAAUUCUUUUUGUACCUUUUCCUCCCCGGUGGCUGAAGAUCUUUGCCGCACGGAUUUCUGUCCCAACCUGCUGUAAGAGGCGGUGAGCUGAUACUCUGAACCCGGUGCUCGUGGUAGUGAUGCAGAAAAUUGUCUCCGUUUAUUUGGUUUUGUUUUUGGUUGUUUCUUGGACCUUAACCACAGUUCUUGACCUCCCUGAAAACGCUGCUGUGUCUAGGAAGCACAGAGCACAGAGGUGACAUUGAUUUUUAUACAGGCCAGCUUUUAAAACAGUGAGCCCUUCCCGUUCUUAAGAGUGAGAAAUGUGGGCUAGUUGUCAUUGUUACUUGAAUAAAGUGCCCUCUGCACUCCCAGCAUUUGUUGGGAGCAGUGGGAAACAGACUUUUGAGCCUCAUUUACACCAAUACAGGUGUUAUUUGAUAACUUUGCAAAAAACCUUUCCGGAAAAGGCAUAGAGCGGUGACACGCUCGUUCAGCUUUGCUUCAGGGGGUUUGGAUUUUGGUGAACCCUUCCAUCCCUGCAGGGUACCAAGGAGGCAAAGCAUCUUUUUGAGAAAAAUUGCGCCUUUCAGAUCCAUGAAACAAAGAUUUCUGAGGCAGCUUGGACAUGAACAGAGGUCAGGGCAGCACAGAUGGGUUUAGUCAGGUGGGGUUUUGCUGUAGGAGCUCUUGAUUUCCAGCAAGUUUCCUGGGUCUUGCUUUCUUUCCAGUGCAUUUUGGAACUAUACAGUGGUUAUUGGAUUUUUACCAGUUUGAAACAAAAGUUGUUUAGCAUCAUUGUGCCAGGCAACGGCAGUAGACUCCUGUUAAAAUAAGCACAGUUGACAACAUCAAAUGUGGAGGAAACCGCCUGAUAAAAGUAGCAUCCCUGGAGUUGGAAAAAAAAAAAGAAGAAGAAGAAUGAUAUUCUGCAUCUGGACUCGACCACUGUCCCCUGUCUCCUGGCUGGAGCUGUCCUGGGGUUCAGGCCCUGACCAGCGGACUCUGGCUCUUAAUAACUGUUCCUCUAAGACAUCUGGUAGCUUGUUUUUCCUGUGUCAGAAGAAAUCCUGUCUCAAAAAAUACACGGAAACAAAGAGAAGAACAUUUAACCCUCAGCAGGAGUAAAUACUGACAAUAUUUUAGUACGUACUCAUCCAGUGUUUUGUAUGCAUACUUUUAAAUUUUUUUAUCAGAAGUGAAGCCCUCCUCUCUUCCCCCCAGCGUGUUACCAGCUUGUUUCAUAACGUGCUAUUUUCCCAUCAUUAAAUAAUUACGUCAGUUUUGUA